AUGCCCGCCACAACAGCAGAGACGCUGUCGCUCGUGACCCGCAACGUCUCUGUUGCGCCGCUCGUGCUCCUCUCCGCAGCAGAUCACUACGGCCGACAAGCAAAGGGAACCCGGAAACGAGUAGUCGGUGUGCUUCUGGGACAGAACGAUGGAAAGAACGUGAGGGUAUCGAACAGCUUCGCUGUGCCGUUUGAGGAAGACGAGAAGGACCCAUCAGUAUGGUUUCUGGACCACAACUAUGUCGAAUCGAUGAACGACAUGUUCAAGAAGGUCAACGCGCGGGAGAAGCUCAUUGGGUGGUACCACACCGGUCCUAAGCUGCGGGCGUCGGAUUUGGAGAUCAACGAGUUGUUCAAGAGAUACACACCGAACCCACUGUUAGUCAUCAUCGACGUGCAGCCGAAGGAGGUGGGCGUACCGACGGAUGCAUACUUCGCAGUGGAGGAGAUUAAGGAUGACGGCACAACUACCUCCAAGACCUUCGUCCACACACCCUCAUUAAUCGAAGCCGAAGAAGCAGAAGAGAUCGGUGUCGAGCACCUCCUCCGCGACAUCCGUGACGUUGCCGUCGGCACCCUUUCUACACGCAUAACCUCACAGCUCCAGUCGCUGCAAGGCUUGCAUCUCCGGCUACGCGACAUCGGGCAAUACCUACAAAAGGUGCUUGAUGGCGACCUCCCCGUCAAUCACGCUAUCCUAGGCAACCUCCAAGACGUGUUCAACUUGCUCCCUAACCUGUCCACACCGAAGCCUGCACCGGUCAAGGGUGCGACGAACGGCGUGGGGCCUGCAAGUGGCGCAGCUGGCGCGACGGAUAAUUCGGAGCUGGCUAGGGCGAUGAGCAUCAAGACGAACGAUCAGUUGAUGGCAAUCUAUUUGUCGAGUUUGAUCCGCGCGAUAACGGCGUUCCACGACCUCAUCGAGAAUAAGAUACAGAACAAGCAGCAGGCGGAGGACAAGGAGCUGAAGAAGGACGAGGGCAAAGACGGCGAGAAGGAUAAGAAGGCGAAUGGGGUCAAUGGCGAUGCGAAGGAGGGUGACAAAGAGAAAAGCAAAGAAUCGGAAAAGAAGAACUGA